UUCCUCAAGGGAGACUACUGUCCGCGCUUACAUCCUUGUGGACCACGUCACUUCCUUUACAGUUGUUCUUCCUGUCGUGUCCAAAAUGGGCCGCGUUAUCCGAGCACAGAGAAAGGGUGCAGGGUCAGUUUUCAAGGCCCAUACUAGAAACAGGAAAGGCAAACCAGCCCUGCGCGCUGUUGACUUCGCUGAACGUCAUGGAUACAUCAAAGGAGUAGUCAGAGACAUCAUUCAUGAUCCUGGACGAGGUGCUCCUUUGGCCAAGGUCGCUUUCCGUGACCCAUACAGGUAUCGCACGAGGAUUGAAACCUUCAUUGCACCUGAAGGGAUGUAUACUGGCCAGUUUGUUUACUGUGGCAAGAAGGCCAACCUGCAGAUUGGAAACAUUCUUCCUGUAGGAUCCAUGCCUGAAGGAACCAUCGUGUGUUGCCUUGAGGAGAAGACGGGUGAUCGUGGUAAAUUGGCUCGCACUUCUGGCAACUAUGCCACUGUUAUCAGCCACAAUCCAGACACCAAGCGAUCACGUGUCAAGCUGCCUUCUGGUGCCAAAAAAGUCAUACCCUCCAGCAACCGUGCUAUGGUUGGAAUUGUUGCUGGAGGUGGACGUAUUGACAAGCCCAUCUUGAAGGCUGGUCGUGCCUACCACAAGUACAAGGCUAAGCGCAACUGCUGGCCCAUUGUCAGGGGUGUUGCUAUGAAUCCUGUUGAACAUCCCCACGGUGGUGGUAACCACCAACACAUCGGUAAGGCCUCUACAGUCCGCAGAGAUGCCUCCGCUGGUAGAAAGGUUGGUCUUAUUGCUGCAAGACGUACUGGUCGUCUCAGGGGUACACGCGAGAUCAUCCAAAAGACAACAGAAAAGGAGUAAAACUUUUUAUGAUCAAGCAGAAAAUAAAGUUGUGGACAGACUCA